AUGGAAGUUACAGAAGUAGUGAUCAGAAUGGUGUUGAUUAUUAUCAGGGUGAAAUCUCAAAUAGAAGAGGUAGAGGUGGUCAUAAUUGCGGUAGGGGAAGCAAGAAGACUUUUGACAAGAGGAGGAUUCAAUAAAUCGCACCAGAAAAGGGAUGAUGAUGAAGCUUACAUGGCUCAAGAUGGUGAUUCAGAUUCUGAUCGAGUAUUCCUUAUGGUAACAACUGCUAUUGAGUCAGGCAACACUGAAAUCUGGUAUCUUGAUAUAGGUUGUUCCAAUCAUAUGACCAACCAUAAAGAGUGGCUUGCUGAUCUUGAUGAAAGCAAGAAAGGAAAGGUUAGAUUUGUUGAUAAUAGAACACUGUUAGCAGAAGGUGUGGGGAAUGUAACAAUCAAAGGAAGAAGUGGAAAGAGUGCCUUUAUCUCUAAUGUACUGCAUGUGCUUGAGAUGAAGAACAAUUUGCUGAGCCUAGGACAAUUGCCGAAGAAAGGAUUCACAAUGCACAUGCAGUAA